AUGUCUGAAACCCCUGGAGGAGAUCCUCUUCUCAGUGAACUUUGCACAAUUUGCCACAUCAAUGCCCCCAAAUACCGCUGUCCCCGAUGUUCGACCAGAACCUGCUCCCUCCCCUGCUCCCGCCGCCAUAAGACCUGGUCCCAAUGCUCCGGUGUCCGCGAUCCAGCCGCCUACCUCCGCCGCAAUGAGCUCGCGACUCCCUCUGCAUUCGAUCGCGAUUUUAAUUUCAUCACGGGGAUUGAGCGGAGCAUGGAACGCGCGGAUAGAGAUGCGGAGAAUCGUGGGAUUUCUAUCGACCGCCAAGCGGAAGAGGGAGAGGAGAUGAGAGAUGGGGGCCGGAAGAGGAAGAGGCCGAAUGAGGGAUUGGUUAAGGGAGAAGCUGGAUUUUUGCGCGGCGCGCAGAGUAGCGAGGUUAAUGUCAUCAGGGCUCCCAAGGGGAUGACGAGAAAUAAGCAGAAUACCUCGAGGUGGCAUCCGAAACACAAAUGCUUGAUCUGGACGAUGGAAUGGAUUGCCCCUGAUGGAGAAAAGAAGAUUCGGACAUGUUUAGAGUCGUGCCGUGUCGCAGAAGCUUAUGAUAGAUUCUACCCUCUUCCGAAAGAGGAGCGCAACAAGGACCAAGCACAGGACCAGGGUCAGCCACCGGAGCAGGUGCAGGGACAAAAGCAGGAGGACAAUCAGCAACCGCAAUCCGAAUUGGAACCGCAAUCAACAAUAGAGAUGAAUUCCCAAUCCGCCGAACAGGAGCUGCCAGUUCAACCAAAGCAAGACGAAACGCAGCCAGAACCUUCGGAUCCCUCUCCGUCAGACUUGCAAGAAAACGAAAUCACCCCUCAUCGGGACGUCUACUUCUACCUCCAUCGUCCACGAACCGCUACCAGGCAACCCGUACUGAUCCCUCUACCUCCGGCCGCAACCUUUACCUCUGCCCUGCGCAAGCGGACAGUCCUCGAAUUUCCCACCAUCUACGUGCUACCAGAUUCACCAGACAUCCUACGCGCGACAAGCAAAGAAAAUGCGUCACACCUCCUAGAAGAAGAGUACGUCCAACCUGAGAAGCCGGGAGAGGACGGAGAAUUGGGUGGUCUGGACGGAGAGGGCGCACAAGGAAUCGAUCAUUCGGCACCCUCGGUUGAUCUGGGACAGGUGGAUGAAAAGAAAGUCCUUGAGGUUCUGAAACAGGAUCUAUUCGAACCUGACUCGGCUGUAGGACCUUAA